AUGCUGCGCAGCCUACUCAUCGCCCGCCCUGGCACCGCGCGGAGUUCUGUUCGGCGCGUGUGCACCGCGGCUGCGGAGGCGCUCCCGCUGCAUCGGCGCGGGCCGGAGCUGCAGAGCGGUAGCGCAAACGCGUGGCUGCGGGAGCAGGGCCGAACGCCUGGCUGCAUUAUUGGUGACAAGCUGCCGCAGGUCCCGUUUUGGGUGGAGCGAGCGGCGCUCGACAGACUGAUGCGCAAGCCGGGAUUCGAGCUAAGCUCACUGCACCUCAGCCUCGAGGGCGAGAUCAUCCGCGCGCUCCCCGCAGAGAUCCAGCGCUUUGAGAAUGGGCACGACACGCAUGCGAUCCACAUCACCUUCCAGAGGUGGCCACGCGACGCGCAGCGGAGCCCGGUCAAGCGGCGGCUCCACAGCAGGCUCAUCAACGAGAUCAAGUGCCCCGCCGUCAAGCAGGGCGGCUACGUGCACGAGUUCUACUCGCGGCUCGGCAUCCCCGUGCUGCUACACGACCCUGACAACAUCCCGCAGCACCUCGUGAUCGACAUGGCGAGGCACGACAACGGCGACAUCCGCGCCGAGCACAUCGACGUGCCGCCAGGAGUCACGCUGCGGCCGCAGCACGGCGCGCCAAUCGAGCGGCAGCGGCCGCCCGCCGCCGCCUCACAGCUCACCCUCUCCCUGCGCCGCCCCCCCUCCUUGCAGGUCGUCACUGAAUGCUUGAUACUAAGGCCGCGAGCUAUGCAGGUGAUCAAUUGUGCAGCAGGGCACGGCCAGCAGCGCCGACAGGCUGUCGCAAGGCGUGAUAGCAUGGCCGCAAUCUCCGCCGAAUUCCCAUGA